AAUAACAAUCUGCAGUCUAAAUAUUCCGACCAGUUAUCAUUAUAUCUGAGCGUUUGUACUGAAUAGGAACUAAAAAUUCAUCUAGUUGUACAAAAUAUAAGAGAUAAUUAACAAUAAAUUUAAGUUUAAGUCGGACGGAAAAUCAGACAAAAACUUGGAGUAGCCUAAAUGUAAAGUCACUAGUUAACAAAGUACAACCUAGUCCAACUCACAAGAAAGAGAAUUCAGGACAACGGAGUUUAAAUGUUCUGUACAGUUUUGGUUUUACUGACCCUCUGGGUCAGUUCAACACGUUGCUCAGGAAGUUGUGUCCAGUUUGAACUCGCACAGGAAGUGUCGCCGACUGAGUCGAUACAGGUGAUAUCUAACUACUCGGCCGCUUCCAGGACGGAGCUGUUCGGCGUAUGUGCCCCUAGCUGUAUGAAAGACAUUCGGUGCAAUGCUUUCGACAUUUGUAAUGGCGAGUGCCGAACCAUCAGAGGAUGGCUUCCGGCAUAUACAGACAGUGGAUCUGGGAAUGUGUGUGAACGCCAUCAAAUCGACUGUGAUGCUGGUUAUUAUUAUGACAGACAAACAGAGAGAUGUGUUCGUCAUUAUUACUGUGAUUUUGAAUUGGUGACUGAAACAUCGUGCUUUCUCUCGGAAUCACAUACAGACAAUGCUGAUUGGACACGGCGCACGGGAACAACUCCGUAUUCUUAUACUGGCCCGUCGUCAGCAAAGUUUGGGAGUUAUUACAAGUAUCUCCAGUCAGCAUAUUACGCGGGAUACACAGGCAUUCUCGAAAGCAUCGAACACUUUGAGGAUAAAACAUACUGCCUUUCGCUUUACUAUCAUAUGUAUGGUACCCAUAUGAAAAGUUUGAUUAUUUCCACACAAAAUGGCACUGAUACCCCUAUAAACCACUGGACCAUGACGGGUGACCAAGGAAACGCGUGGUACAGACUGUCGGGUCUAAACCUUCAAUUAGAUCAUAAUACAAAGGUUUUAAUCACAGGAGAACAGGGGGCUUACUACGCUGGAGAUAUUGGCAUAGAUUUCGUAGAGCUUUGGCCGUUUGCGUGCCCUUACAGUGCGUGACAUCUGUUCAAGUUUUUGUUGCGUUUUUGUUAUCUCUAUUUGUCUUGAAAAUCCUCAGAGAUUUGCCUUUACUCUUAUAAUGAUAGAGAUGUUCUACUGUAUCAUAAUGCGUAAUACAUUUUUAACCCAGCUUAGCCAGAUAAAUGCAUAAGACAGCAUGUUUUUUUUAUUAGUGUUUAGAUACAAAAAGAGAGUAGUUUUUAUUACUUAUAUUGUAAAUGUAAAUCUGCGAAAUAUCCAUAUUAUUUUCGUACUCAUAUUAUUUUGACAAGUAUGAUAAAUCAUGAAAGAUAAUUUUAAUGUUUUUGAGAUAAAUAAUGUCAACGUUUGAGAUUAAGACAUACAAUCAUAUAAAAAUGACAUAAUCUUGGGUAAAAAUUAGGCAUUGAUUAACAUAUAAUGGAAGAGAUAAAUUUAAAGAAAUGUGUCUUUUCUUUAACUUUUGUUUUUGCAUUAAAUAUGAAUUCGGGGAGAAUCUCUGCCAGUGCUAGAAAACCUUAAUCGAUGAUUUGUGUACAUUUAGACAAAAAAAUGCUUUUUUGCUGAUUUAAUACUCUGUAUGUUAUGUAAAAAAAAUAAUCUAGUUCUCAUUUAUAUCCGUAAAAGAAUUAAAUAUUAAUCGAUUUGUUGUGUACAUUUAGACAAAAAAAAAAUCUUGUUUGGUGAUUUAAUACGCUGUAUUUGAUGUAAAAAUAAUCUCUUAUUUUAUUUUUA